AUGGACGUGGCGACGGCUACCGAACUGCUGACGAACCUCGCCAGGCACAGAUACGCUUGGCCAUUCGCCCACCCUGUGGACUAUGUUGCCCUUGGCGUCCCCGACUACCCCAUGAUCAUCCAGAGACCCAUGGACCUCGCCACCAUCCGCGACAAACUCGAGGCCGGCACCUAUGAACUGGUCUCGGCCUUCUUAGACGACGUGCAGCUGGUCUGGUCCAACGCCAAGGUCUACAAUCCGCCCGGCAGCGAUGUGGUCAUCAUGGCCGACGCCAUGGAGCAGGAAACGCGCCGGUUGGCCGCCUCCCUCGGACUGAUCGACGCCGCUGGGCAACCGGUCAUCGGCCAGCAUACCGAGUGA